UAUAGUGCGUGAGGUAUGGUAGCUAGAUUAAAACGCAGUGGACCUUCAGUACUUUUAGAUACAGCAGAAUAAUUACAUUCGUUUAUCUCCGUUUAAAUUUCGUUGGAAUUUAAAAACUCACGAAGCAAAGGCGCCGUCUUCCUUUUCUCAUCCCUUGAAAGAAUAAAGAGUCAGCCAAAAUGCUGCAGAGUUUCUCUCAGUCACAAGAUUGGUUCUACUCCGAGCCUCUCUUAUUUGAUGAUGAAUUCUGCCAGAGCUUGAUGAAGGACCUACAGUCGCUCCCCACGCCACCCCAGUCCCCUCCGAUGAAGGCUGGACUCAAUGCCAAACCACUUUCCAAGGAGGACCAGUUGAGCUACGUCUCUGAUAUACUCCUGGAGGAUCAAGACCCACAACUAAAUUGGAAUUUUGACAUUUUGUACGAUGGCAAUGCAACCGUGACAAAGGACCAACAGCCAGAGGAGUCCGACGACUGUUUGUGGCAUUGCCUCGGUGAUAAGUCUAUGGAAGAGAAGUUAUCGUCUGUGCUCUCCAGCAGCCCGCUGCUCUCAGACAUGGACACAAGAAUCUUUGAGGAAAUUGCUGGCUCCACACUGGACUGCCACACCGCGGCACUCGCGUGCCAAGCUUUGGAGAAUGAGGAUUUACUAUUGGACCGGCAGGAGCAAGGCAGCGAGUCAACCUCCGACUACGGCUCGGCGGGAGGCGAAUUCUCAACUUAUGGGAGCAGUGCUAGCGAUACUGAGGAGGAGAUAGACGUAGUGACUGUGAAGAGGACUGCCAGCCCCUCCCAGUCGGCAGAGGAGAGCCGGCGGCAACGGCGUGCCAUCAAGCGACAACACCUGGAGAUCCAGCUGCAGCACAAUUAUGCUGCCCCCUGCCCCACAUCACCCCUCCGCCCAGAGCUCUCGACCGCCUCAAACUCCCACCACAAGCGCUCCCGGGUCUCUGACUCGCACAGACACCACCACCACGGCUCGUCGGGCCGCUCAUCCUCGUCCCGCCACUACCUCAGCAGUCACCACCAGCCCAGCUCCUCUAGGCAGUCGCCGGACGUGGAAGAUGAGGAGGAGAGGAGGCAUACCCACAAUGUGAUGGAGAGGCAGCGGCGCAACGAGCUGAAGAACUGCUUCCUGCGGCUCAGGGAUAACGUACCCGAGCUGUCCAAUAACGACAAGGCCUCCAAGGUGGUCAUCCUGAAGAGGGCACGUGACAGCAUCCGUGGCCUGGAGCUGGAGGGCCAGAGACUGAACGCCAAGCGAGACAAGCUCAGAGACGGGCAGGAGCAGCUCAAAGCUAAACUGGAGCAGCUCAUGAGGUAAUGGUGGGACCAAGGAGAUGUAACACAAACAGGUGUAACACAAACAUUUAGAGACAUUUAAAUAAACCUGUUGAGAAGACCUGUCUGGACUUCAGGCUUAACGCUGCGCACACUCUGCAUGGUGGCAUCCAUCCCCUGCAGUGACUGUUCAAGAAGAAGUGAAUGUAGGGCCUCCCGGGUGGCGCAGUGGUCUAGGGCACUGCAUCGCAGUGCUAACUGCGCCACCAGAGUCUCUGGGUUCGCGCCCAGGCUCUGUCGCAG